AUGAUUGUUGCGGAAGAAGCAGCAAGCGGCAAGAUACGGGAGGAGGAGGAGGUGGAAGAGGAGGAGGAGGAGGAUGCCAUCAGCUCGCUGGGUCAUGAUGGUUUCGACUCAGACCCUGAUCCAGCUCCCGAGCAAGACAUGGACACGGACGACAACGAGGAGGAGAGAGACAUGGCGAGCAUGGGAGGAGUCAAGAAGAUUUCUUCGAAGACCAGGAUGGAGGAAGCAGGCAGGCAGUCGGCGAGGAGGUGCAGGAGAAGGCAACGUGGCAGGCAAGAGCAAGGAGCACCGAAGAACAAGUUCUUCUUCAAGAUCGACGGCGCCAGCUCUAAUUGCGUCCGCAACGCGUGGAGGAGGGCGGGAGGAGUUCGCACGCAAAAGGGAGGAUGGAACGUGUGGUGGGGUCGGCCGCUGAAACAAGAGGAGUACAAGAAGUUGAACAUGUUCCAGCGCGUCUGCCACUUCCCGGGUACCUUCUUCCUCGGCAGAAAAGACUCGCUCGCCAAGUCGAUCGUCGCCUUCAGAAGAUCGCAUGGGCAAGCAAGUUUCACUUAUCUGCCCAAGACUUACCUUCAUCCUGAGGACAGGGAGCGGCUGCUGACGGACAGCAAGGAGAAGGCGAGCAGGGUCACCUACAUCGUGAAGCCGCGCGCGUCGGCGAGGGGGCAGGGGAUCAAGUUGGAGUACAUCGACAAGCCGCUGCUCAUCGACGGCAGGAAGUUCGACAUGCGACUGUACGUGCUCGUGACCUCCUUUGACCCCCUCCGCCUCUACCUCUACCAGGACGGACUCGCUCGCUUCUGCACGGAGACGUACGAUGAGGACGUCAAGGGAAGCAGCGGAGACCUGUUCCGCCACCUCACCAACUACUCGGCGCUCAAGGAGCACCUGGAGGAGCGAGGGGUGGACACGAAGAGCGUGUUCGAGCAGGUUGAGGACCUGAUCGUCAAGACGCUGCUGGCGGUGGAGGGGAGGAUCAACUCCAAGUUGCAGCAGCUCGUUCCCUACCGCAACAACUGCUACGAACUCUUCGGCUUCGACGUCAUGCUCGACGCCUCCCUGCACCCCUGGCUCAUCGAAGUCAACACGUCGCCCUCGCUCGCAGCUGACUCGCAGCUGGACAAGCGGAUCAAGAACGGGAUGGUGGUGGACAUGUUCAACAUGCUCGGCAUCUGCACCUACAGCCGGCGGAAGCUCAAGGAGCUGCGGGAGCGGAAGGAGAGCUUGGCCUCCCUCGCCUUCUCCUCCCGCCUCCAGCGAGCCUCCGUCACCGACAAGCACCGGCAAGUCGAAGUCUGCAAGGGGAAGCGAAACCCGCUGGAGGACCUGACGGAGCUGGACGAGGAGAUCAUAAGGGAGACGGAGGAAGAGCUCGAGCUCGCGGGAGGCUUCAAGAGACUCUUCCCCUCCCCCUCCUCCGACCGCCUUCGUCGCUUCAUGCAGCCUCGCUACAACAACCUCCUCCUCGCCCACUGGUUAGACCGCCACGGCUGUCGGGCCCUUGACCGCGUGCUCAAGACACGUAGGAGGAGCUUCAAGGGGGAGGAGGAGGAGGAGAACAGCUGCUCCUCGUCUGCCCCGAAGCGACAAGCGCAGAAAGUUCUUCGAAUCGUACGAGACAAGGAGGGACGAGGAGCCGCCGUGGCAGCACGGAGAAGACGAUGA